AUGGUCCCGCGCCCUCUGCAGCCCAGGGCUCCGGCUGCCGCCCGGAGCUCGGGGCUGCCAGGAGUCCUGGGUCCUCCACCGCCGGCGCCUACUCCGCCUGGGCUCUCGCCGCUGCUGCUCGCUCCACCACCGCUGCUCCUGCUCCUGCUGCUUCUCCUCCUGAUGAACACGCCGGCGGCUCCGUGCCCCUUCCAGUGCUACUGUUUGGGGAGCCCGGAGACUAUCCGCUGCCGCCACAUCGUCCUGCAGGAACUGCCCCGCGACCUGCCCACCGACGCGCACAACCUCAGCAUCGUGGGCUCCAACCUGACGGUCCUGCGCGCCGCCGCGUUCGCCGGGGAGGAGCUGCCCACCGCCCCGGGUAAUGGCAGCGGCGACGGCGGGGGCUGGGCAGUACGUCUGGCCAACCUCACGUCCUUACUGCUCAACCAAGACAACAUCCAAGUGGUGGAGAAUGGCGCCUUCUGGGGCCUACCCCGCCUAGCCACCCUGGACCUCAGCUACAACCCAUUGAGUGCCCUGGGCUCCGCUGCCUUCCAUCUGCUGCCCGCCCUUAGUGUCCUCAAGCUCAAUGCCGCCACGAGCGGGCUGGGCGAGCAGCUGGACGCCGCCCUUCGCGGCCUGGCCACCCUGCGCCACCUUGAGCUGAAAGCCAAUGAGUUGACCCACCUACCGCCCUCUGCUCUGAAGCUGACACAACUAGAGCAGCUGGACGCGCAAGACAACGCGCUGACUGGGCUGGCGCUGGUUGAACUGCGCGCGCUGGGCGGGGAGACCCAGGGAACCCCAACGGCCCCGACGGCUCCGGGCCCCAUAGUGCUGCGCCUGUGCCUGGCAAACAACCCGCUGCGCUGUGACUGCGGGGCACGGGCGCUGCUGACCCUGCUCAACAAGGCCCUCUGGCGGGUUCCUGACGCGCGCAGUCUGCGCUGCGCUGCUCCUCCUGCGCUCCAAGGAGCCCCUUUCCUGGUCUUGGAUGAGUCAAAGCUGAGCUGCGCCUUGGGUCCCCAAGAAAAGGAGGAGGAGAAUGAGAAAGGGCAAGGAAGGGGAAAAGAAGAGGAGGAGGCAGCGGGCAAUGAGGAGGAGGGAACAGAGGGAAGGGAUGAGAAAGGGCAGCCGGGGACUGGAGAGGAACUGGAAGCCUCCUACGUCUUUUUCGGCAUAGUCCUGGCGCUCAUCGGUGUAGUCUUCCUUAUGGUCCUCUAUCUGAACCGUCGUGGCAUCAAGCGCUGGACGCGCAAUCUGCGCGAGGCGUGCCGGGACCAGAUGGAGGGCUACCACUACCGCUAUGAACAGGACGCUGACCCCCGGAGGUCUGGCACCGCCAGCUCGUCCGGCACCCUCUGAAUGCGGCGCCCACCAUUAGGUAGACUGGGCUGUUAGGAAGGAGAGGGGUACUUAGGUCCUCUUCGCACUCAACCUUUGGCUCUUUACCCCUUCCCAAACCUUCCCAUCUUGAGCAAUUAGU